CUUGUAGACCAGGCUGGUCUCGAACUCACAGAGAUCUGCCUGCCUCUGCCUCCCAAGUGCUGGGAUUAAAGGCGUGCGCCACCACCGCCCGGCCUGGAUAUGGUCCUUUGUAGGAGCAUCAGGUGCUCUUAACUGCUGAGUGAGCUGUCCAGGCCUACUUACUUUAGUUUAUAGUUUAUGGUGUGUGUGUGUGUGUGUGUGUGUGUGUGUGUGUGUGUAUGUGUGUAUGUGUGAAUAUAUGUUCAACAGUGUGCCUGUGGAGGCCAAAAGAUAACUUUGUGGAGUCUGUUCUCUCCUUCUGUCUUUAUGUGGGUUGGAGAUUUAAACUCAGGUUGUCAGGCCUGUGGGCUAAGCCAUGGUGCUGGCCCCUCCCCAAUAUUUUAGGAAGGAUCUCUUGUAGCCCAGGCUGUCCUCAAACCUAGUUUGUAGCUAAAGAUGAUUUUGAACUUCUGAUCUUUGAAAUGUAGAGUUUCAGCUCCAGUGUGAGUCAGCCAUGACUAACAGAAACCCUGCAGGCUCAAGGACCCUGGACUGGUAAUCUCCUGCACUAAAGGUGCAGGGGUGCCUCUGUGUUCAGGGACUCUCCUUGGUGUGUGUUUAAUCAUUACACCAUGCAGAAUUGCUGGCUUAGUGGAUGCCACACACAGUGUGUGCUCAGUGUAGCUGCAGAUAAGAAGAGCAAGCUUCCACCCUCCAGGGUUCAAAGUGCUGACCAAACAGCUGGACUCUGGUCUAGGUGGGAAACCGAAAAAGGAAGUGGUGGCUCUCAGCUCCUUGGUCCUACAGCCUGGGACACUUCUCUAACUCCCUUCGCUUAUAUACUGUUUCAAAAGCCCCUUCUUUAAAAGGUCUCACUGAGCAAUACCGUCACCCUCCAACAAAAACAAACAACCCAUCAAAAAUGGAAAAACCUCCUUCCUGUAUCCCUCCCAGGUCUCACCUCCUCUGUCCCAUUUGUCCAUCCACGCCUUCCCUGCAGACAUGAAAGAUAGGGGGUGGCGUGAGGGUGUCAGUGUCAUUUUCUGUAUCAGAUAAGUGACAGUUUCCAUCUUGGCUGUGAAUCCCAUGUGGGGGGGCUGUUAAAUAGAUGGUGGACACCUGACGGCUUGUGUAUUUUCAGUUUCGCAGUCAUUAGAGCCUUCCUUCAAAGCUAGAAUUGUUUGCACAAUUCCUGGGGAGAUGGAUGACCUUGGAAAACUCAUGUAGCCCUUUUAUGCUUCAGAGUUUGUGUUUUUUUUUUUUCCUCCCUUCUUCCCUCCCUCUCGUUAUGUUAUUGGUGUUUUUUGUUUGUUUUUGAGACAGGGUCUGUCUUCUGUAGCUCAGGUUGAUCUCAACCUUGCUCCAUCACAGAGGAUGGCCUUACACAACUGAUCCUCCUGCUUCCGUGUCUCAGGUGCAGAGAUUAGAGGUGUGAACCACCACACCCAACUCCUUCUUUCUGUGUUUUGAAAGAAUCUUGGUUCUCUAGCACUGGCUGUCCUGGAAGUGGUCAGGUGGCCUGGGCUUGCUCGGAACUUCUUGCAAUCUCAGGGCUGUACCACUGUGCUUGAUUCAGUUAUGAAUUUUCAAAAAGAUGAUUGUGUUAAGCUCUCAGACAUGCAGUGCCACCGUGUAGGGUGGUGUCCCCCAGGUCCUCAGCGUAUCCCAUGGUCCUCCUCUCCUGGCUCCACCAUGCUCAUUUCUGCCUCUGGGUCUCAGCUACCGUUGUAAUCUGUCCUAUCACCCCCAUUUGGGAGAGGUAAGAAAGUUAUUUUUCUAAGGUCUUGGUCCUAGACUAAUUUCUGAAGCUCUCUAAGGAUUUGGAGGCUUCCUGAACUGCCAGACAAGCUAGGUGGCUGGUUUAGCGGUGUGUGGGGGGGGGGGGGGCGGGCGGGACAAAGAGGUGGCAAGGCAUGCUGUCAGUGAACAUGUGGAAGCUUUCUUAUCAGCACUUGGCUGGAGGUGGCCAGGCAGGAAAGGGCUGGACUCUGGCCGUCUGGCAAUACCUUCCCCUCCUCCCUUUCUAAUCCUCUUUCCACUGCAGCAUUUAAUAAGGGUAAUCCUGUUGUCCUUUUGGUCACAUUGCCCUUUGUGACAUCUCCUCCCUUUCAGGGCAACCAGAACUUGCAGCUGUUAAGGACGAUGCUCCCACCCAAGUCCUGAAUCUCUGGAAAACUUCUGAGGAGCCACAUUCUUUACUGCCUCUGAAAUCAGUCCUACAGGUCCCUGUUUGAUGAUCUGUAAACACUCAGUAUAUGGGUUUUCCUGAACUGUCACUACCUGUCACUCAUUUCAGAGUAAGACUUUUGAGACCUCUGUAACCCUCGAACUCAUGCAGCAGCUCAGUGUGAAGUCAACCAGAGUUUUAUCUCGUUCCUAACUCACCGAAGUCCUGGGGCUAGAAUCCCACAUCUGUGCACGCUAGGCAAAGGCUUUACCACUGCCCCAGCAUGCCUGGGCCAUCUGUAUAUUUGAAAUAGGUUCAGGUUAUGAUGGACUUGAACUUAUUCUAUGGCUUAGUGAGGUUCUGAACUUGCCACCCUCCUGCCUCAGCCUCCAGAGUGCCUGGAAUUACACACUGUAGUGGUGAUUCCCAGUUGAACUUUGUCUUCUUUUUUUUUUUUUUUUUACUUUUUUUUUUUGAAGCAAGGUUUCUCUGUGCAGCCUUGGCUGUCCUGCAACUAGCUUUGUAGACCAGACUGGCUUGAACUCAGAGAUAAACACUAUGCCCAGCCUUUUAAAGUCUAUUUUAAUAAGGUAGGCCCUUGGAGUUCUGCGGUUGGUCUGAGCAGCCUUGGUGGAGGAAUUCCCACUAAGGCUGCCUAGCCCUAAGGCUGGCCCAGGAGAAGGUGGCAGCCAAGUGGUGUGUGUCCUAGAUUCAGACACACCUCGCUCAGCCACAUACUGCCUGCAUGUGAUUGUAGACAAGACCUUUAACCCUCUGGAGCGCUCUGUACCUUUAAGAGACACACAACAGUGCCUAACAUGCUAUCCGUGAGAAUCAGUAGGGGCAAUGGGGCCAGUGGUCGCAGCACUUGAGAAACUGAGGCACACAGGUUGGGUCCAGACCAACCUAGACGACGUCGUGAGAUUCCAUCUCAAAAAACAAAACAGUAAACACGACAGAGUAGUUGGGUAUGACGGCCAGUGUUUUUCAUCUCAGCAUUCCAAGGUAGAGGCAGGUGGACGGUUGAGUUUGAGGCCAGCCUGGUCUACAUUAGUAAGUUCCAGGAUGUAUAGAAAGACCCUAUAUUGCCGGGCGGUGGUGGCCUACGCCUUUAAUCCCAGUGCUCAGGUGUGAGUCUGCAAUCCCAGCCCUUGGGAGGUGGAGGUAAGAGACUCAGGAGUUCAGUUGUUACAAAAUAAGUUCAAAGCCAGUGGGCUGCAUGAGACCCUGCCUCAGUAACGGGUUUAGUAUCGUGAAUCGUCUGUAUGCGGGUUCUAGGUAAACACUGAAGAAUGCUAGAAGACGGCUGAAUGAGGAAAGAUAUAAAACUUGCCAGCAUCUCUUGGAGCGUUAGGUAAAGGGAGACGGCUGGUGGGGCCAGCAGCUCCGUCUGCGGGAAAGGGAUGGGGUGGUGUUAGUGUUAAGACUUUUCUUUCCCUGCUGUCGUCAGACGCGGCGACGCCUGUUCCUUCGAUCCUUCCCACCUGUCAGCCCUGAUGAAUUCCAGGCUCUAUUCCAAAUACUGGAAUAAGGUAGAAAAAGAUUAAAUAAGGAGGUUCCGGAUAGAGCGAGCGUCCCUCCCUAGGAUGGGGCUGCAGAACCCGCUGGCUCCCUUUCAUGCUCCGCCUGCGGGAUGCUGAUUGGUCAGCGUCAUUUGGCGUCACCAGAGGGUUUUUAAUGCUCAACCUGACCAGCAGCGCUGCAAAGUCCGCUGUGGCUGAAACGCGGCGUGCUGGUGUCGGGUAGUCGGAGCCGGCGGGGAGUGCGGGUAACCGAAGAUAACCCAGUUUGUGCUACCUGCCAUUUCAAGGCUUCCUCCUCCGGGCCUCUGCUGGAGCCCCAGGCCUUCUCUUCAGGUCCACCCUGCACCCUAGCACACCAUGGGGAACCACUUGACUGACAUGGCACCCACAGCCUCAUCCUUUUUGCCCCACUUCCAGGCCCUGCAUGUUGUGGUCAUUGGGCUGGACUCGGCAGGGAAAACGUCCCUUCUCUACCGCCUCAAGUUCAAGGAGUUUGUGCAGAGUGUCCCCACCAAGGGCUUCAACACUGAGAAGAUCCGCGUGCCCUUGGGGGGGUCCCGUGGAAUUACUUUCCAAGUGUGGGAUGUUGGGGGUCAGGAGAAGCUGCGGCCACUAUGGCGCUCCUACACCCGCCGGACAGAUGGACUGGUGUUUGUGGUGGACUCCGCAGAGACUGAGAGGUUAGAGGAGGCCAAGGUGGAGCUCCACCGAAUCAGCAAAGCCUCCGACAAUCAGGGGGUGCCGGUGCUGGUGCUGGCCAACAAGCAGGACCAACCGGGGGCACUGAGUGCCGCUGAGGUGGAGAAGAGAUUGGCGGUCCGGGAGCUGGCAGCCGCCACGCUCACCCAUGUGCAAGGCUGCAGCGCUGUGGACGGGCUGGGCCUGCAGCCAGGACUCGAGCGCCUGUACGAGAUGAUCCUGAAGAGGAAGAAGGCACCUCGGGCAAGCAAGAAGAGACGGUGACCCGAGGCUGCCCCUACCCCACAUACUAGGGGUCAGUACCUAAUGAUAGGCAGGCAGGGCCUGUGACCUCUCAGCCAGCAUGGGUGCCGGACCUGGCCACCUCAAAGGACUGAAGGAGCGUGGGGGGUUCCUGGUCCUGUUUCGGUGCCACAUGGGGGAGGGGAGAUGAAGCGUCUUUGCCCUUCACCUCUAGACGGUAGGGGCUGGAAGACCGGAAACGGAAAUGUAAAUGCUGACUCUACCUCGACCCUGGUUCUCCAAGUCCUUCCCUAGCGUUUUAUUUGGAUGUGCAUUUUUAUUUUUGCAGGGGGAGGGUGUGCAGACAGUUGCCCAGAGAAUGCAUUCGGGAUGAAUGGAGAACGUGUUCCCUCUCCCCACAGUUGGGGGCGGGGGCGCCUCAGCUGCUCUUCUGGGCACAAUCUUUGUGUCUAUGAAAGUGCCACGAGUCCUUCCCACGUUUGUAGGGUCCCCAAACCUUUUUUUAUAAGCCUUGCGUGUCUUCCGUAUUACUUUUUUUUGUAAGCAUUUGCCUGUAAGUUAUUAAAGUUGGAUGAUUCUG